GGGUUCAAAAUUUGUAAUAAAAACAUCAUAAGUUCGUAACUUUUUCGUUAUUUCAUAUGAUUAAUUAUAAUUUUAUUGUGAUAUAUAAAACGACAUUUUAAGCAUUCAACUUUUUCAUCUUCUUUUUAACGCAUAUUUUUUCCAAAAAUGUGUCAAGCUGAAAGCGGACAAACAAUCUGUAAAUCUCCUGAGUGCGAUCGCCCAAUUUACGUUGAAAGUAAUGGAAUGCGGCAUCCAUUUUGCGGACGUACCUGCGCAAGCAAGUAUGGUGAUUAUGUAUAUCCAAGAUAUUGCAAACGCGUUGGAUGUAACAAGACUACAUUUGUUGAACAAAAUGGGUACGUUCACCCUUAUUGUGGAAGGAGUUGUGCUGACAUCGCGCUUUCUCAGAUGAAUCAAAUUGGCUCUGUUAUUGAUUUGGAAACUACGAUUGAACAACUUAAUCCGCUUUCUUCUCCGUUAUCUACUACUUCGAAUUCAACCAUUUUAUCUGAUUUUUGUGAAUAAUUUGAAUAGUUAUUUUAUUAUCUGAUAUAUGUAGUGAUUCAAUAGUUCAUGUAAAGUUGUGAAUACGAAAUAAAUAAUAAAAAGUAUACGAUUUAAGAUUUAUUCGUACUAUAACAG